CCUUGCGAUAAUCUGUCACCGAUUGACAGUUCCUUUGGCAUCAAAAAUAUGGCUGUAAAAUAACCCAAAGUCUUUGUUCGUGAUUGAAUGUUUUUAUAGUGAAAUCCUGACAAAAAAACAGAUCUGUCGACUAAAAGUUGGCUGUAGGAUGAUACCAAAAAUGUUUUAAUUAUCAGUUUAGCCCUCACAUGUCGAUAGUAGCAGGAAUAGAGAACUGCUCCAAAUGUUGGUGAUGUGACAGGAGAACGGGGGUGAUAACCAGUGGAGUCAAGUUAUGAUCUCAAGGGUGCGUUCGUGGCAUUUGAACACAGAAAAAAGGGCACCCAAAUUUAUGUCGGGCGUCUGAGAAUGUCUAGUGCUGUAGCAGUUAAUCCUCUUAAAAUGCCUAUGUCUCGAACUCAACUUUUUUCAUCACAUGCACAAUAUAACCAAGAGGGAGGUGGAGGCAAUUUACCGCCUCUAAAGCAAAGUUCUGCCAAAGAGCAAAGCCCUCCAAUGCCGUCGACAGCGAGUUCUGCAAAUUCUUCGACUCUUCCAGAUUUGAGUGUUUCCAGUUUGGGGACGCAGUGUAUAUCAAGAAGUAACAUGCACAGUUCACUUAAAAAUUCUCAGACGUCGCUUGUAAGUCUCAUUGGAAAUGAUAUAAAGCUUCGUGCUAUGAUAUUAACACCUGAACAAGUGGCGAAUAUUUAUUCUCCCAAGCUCACCCCAUAUGAGCAGCAUGAGAUUUAUAACUACCCACACAUUUACUUCCUUGGAUUGAAUUCUAAGAAACGUCCAGGAAUUAUAGGGAACCCCAACAACUGUGACUAUGACAAUGAACAAGGAUCUUACAUUCACAUUCCUCAUGACCAUAUAGCUUAUAGAUAUGAAGUUCUUAAAGUGAUUGGAAAAGGUUCAUUCGGACAAGUGGUUAAAGCCUACGAUCAUGCUAGUCACACGCAUGUUGCACUGAAGAUGGUUCGCAAUAAAAAAAGAUUUCAUCGACAAGCAUUAGAAGAAGUUAGAAUCUUAGAACACCUACGCAAGCAGGAUAAAGACAAUACAAUGAACAUAAUACAUAUGUUGGAUUCAUUUAACUUUAGAAAUCACAUGUGCAUAACCUUUGAAUUGCUUUCCAUCAACCUGUAUGAACUUAUAAAAAAAAACAAAUUCAAAGGUUUUAGUCUACAGCUUGUCAGAAAGUUCUGCCACUCGUUGCUUUUAUGCUUAGAAGCACUGAAUCAGAAUAAAAUUAUUCAUUGUGACAUGAAGCCAGAAAAUAUCCUCCUGAAGCAGCAGGGCAGAAGUGGAUUAAAGGUGAUAGAUUUUGGAUCAUCUUGUUAUGAGCAAAAUAGAGUUUACACAUAUAUUCAGUCUCGCUUCUACAGAGCUCCUGAGGUUAUUUUGGGCGCCCGGUACGGUAUGCCUAUAGAUAUGUGGUCGCUCGGGUGCAUUUUAGCAGAACUAUUAAUGGGAUUUCCUCUGCUGCCUGGAGAAGACGAAGGGGAUCAACUAGCAUGCAUAAUGGAAUUGCUAGAUCAUCCACCUCAAAAGCUUUUGGACCAAUCGAAACGAGCCAAGAAUUUUAUCAGUUCGAAAGGAAUUCCACGAUAUUGUACCUGUUCCACCUUGGACGAUGGCUCGAUCGUAUUAUCUGUGGGCGUUAGUCGUAGGGGUAAACCUAGAGGUCCUCCGGGAAGUAAGGACUUAAAAAGAGCUUUGAAAGGCUGCGAAGAUCCUCUAUUUCUCGACUUCAUAGCGCGCUGCCUGGAGUGGGAUCCAGAUGAGCGAAUGACACCCGCCCAGGCCUUGCGGCAUGGUUGGCUGCGAAGGCGUUUACCGCGACCUCCAGGGGAAAAGAUUGACCAAAAUAAUGCUGCAAUUCAAAGAAGUGGAUCAAUUGGUGGUCCGAGAACGCCAAAAACAUCAGGACAUCAGGUAUCUUAUGGUGAUGGAAAUGCAUGACGUGGUAGAUAUUACUUUUUGUAUCGUUGUUGCGUUGAAAGUCAAAUAUUUGAUCGAAGAAGUGAUUUGUUGGCGCUUUGGGCUACGUACCGUUGGAUGCAAUUGGAAUACCAAAAUAGACAUCAACGGCACAACACAUAAAGCAUUUUUAGAUUUGUUGGUAGAACAGUGUGAGAUUGUUGCUAAGUUUGCAGGAUUAGAUUUUGGAGUUUGUGUGAAAUUGGGAAGAUUGACAAGCAUUUAUAUUGUGUGCAAGCGCCGGCAGAAUAUUCGGAUAAUUGCUAGAAUGGCUCAAAAUUCCUUAUUCAACAAAAAAAAUCAGGAAAUUUAAUUUGAUGAAAAAAGCGUUUUAUCUGAUUAUGGUUCAUUGUUUUUAUUUCUUGUUCGUCCAUUAUGAUUUUUUCUGCUUUCUGGAUGAACCACGAUUGUCAAUUGUGAAAAUAGAAAUUGUAAAAUAAUGCAUUUAUAGCUUAAAUAAUAUCUCUAAAUUGAAUGAAAUAACAGGCAAAAAUAGUUCGAAUUGCUUAUUGAUGAUUUCAUUUCAACAUCCGUUAAGUUAUGUAUUUUUAAAACUUUAAAACCAGAGACUCUGCCGGUCAUUAUAGACACGUUAUUGUAUUUUGGCAGGAAUAAUGAAAACUUGAAGCAGAUUGAUAAUUAAUUAAGCGAGAUUUACAUUAAUCCUGCAAAUUUACCGAUAUCAUUAUACUUAAGUGUUUAGUAUCACUUUUCAGCUUAAAUGAAAAGUUGCAUCAGGAAUCAAAAAUGUUGUACAUACUGGUAUUCUUGAUUAAUCAACUCGAUGCUAUGAGAUAUUUACAGCUUCUAAAUGGAGAAAAGUAUUGAUUGUUGCAUUGCAUAAUGUGUUUUGCAUUGGCAUAAUACAUUUUGUCUAGAUCAAGGUUUUCCUAUUAUGUUGAUUCAUCCAUUAUUUUUGCUCACUUUUUCUAUAAAGCUUUAAAGUUUACGUAAUUAAGACUUGCAAAAGUGUUUGAUCACAUUAUAUAUCUGCGCCUGGACCUGGACUAGCGAAUGUUUCAAGCUGGUUAGCACUGUUGUUUUGAUAAUAUUCGAAUGGUCGCGAUUAGCUUAGAUUGGUACAGCAGGUAUAUACUCUGAUAUAGACUAGGAAAUCAACACUUUUUAUCGGGUGAUGUCCGAACAACUAACAAUUGACUGCUUUAGUUUUUUUUAUCAUUUCACGAUAUUUAUUUCAUAUUCAUUGAGGGAGUUAUAGUGCAAUAGAGAUGUGUUUAAUCUAAAAUUUUUAAAAAUGUACUGCCUUUUAUGUUUCCUUACGGGUAGGGGUAUUUGGACUUACAAUAGCCAAGCAGGAGUAGAUUUGGAAUAUUGAAAUUAAUCCUUGUUGGUCCAUGUCCAUUAAAUGCCUUCUCGGAAUCUUUAAAAUUUUUAAAAACUGCUAUAAACCCAUGACGUUUGAUCUAGUUUCUACCUUAAUUCCAUACAUAAAUAUUGUUUAUAGCUUUUCAAUAUUAGUUAUUAAUAAAAAUUGCAGUAUUAUUCAAUUCAAAUCAAUAUCGUAUAAAUUCUUGCUUUUAAAACUAUUUACUUUUGAAUUAUUAUAUAUUUUAAUCAAAAGAAGUAUGUAUUCUAUAUAUUACUAUAUACUAUUUUAAUUUAAAUUACUUUACCUUGCCUCAGAAUUCCUGAUAUAAAGAAACCAAUUGUCAUUGUUCAUGGCCAAUUCGUUUUUUUUUAAUAAUAAAAUUAUCAAUGCAUUCUGUUUCAUUUUAAUCUUUGCCUUUAUAAAUUAAAGUUUUAUUAAAAAGAUUCCAAGAUACGCAUUCUGGUUCCGCAUGUAUUGAAAUAAGUUUAUCAUUGCAGUGACCAGGCUAGAGACUAUGAAAAAGCUUUUGUGAUACUUCUGUAAAUGAAGCACAAUUUGAUGUCAUCAAUUGUACGUAUCUCGAAAUUCUGCGUCUUCUAUUAGAGCUAUUUCUCAUUUUUGGUUGGUUAUCAUUAAUUAAUUUCGGAUCUGAUCGUAUGUAGUAUUGGUCAAAACAGUUCAACUGUUAAUAGACUACAAAUGCAAUGCGCCAAAAAAUUGAGUCUCUUUAAAAUCAGAUCUUUUUUUUAGCAAUAUAUGCAUGCGAUUUUUUUUGUGUUAUCACAACCAAAUAUUGAUUCACCUAGUUUGUAAUUGUAUAAAUAUAAGUUUGCUCAAUUUUUUACAAUAUUUGACUUCCAUGUAAUUCCUACCAACAGCAAUAUCAAUAUUGAUGUAUAGACUUCUAUAGACUGGUCUUAAGCGUUUAAAAGUUUAUAAAGUGUUUUGGCUAAUAAAAAAGCACGUGAAAGAUGUAAUUAAUUAUUGAUUAAGCUCAGCUUAUCGUUUCAGUCCAAUUGGAAAUAUUCUAUUGUCCACAGCUACUUCUCCUAAUGUUCCUCGUACUGAGGAUCGUCAGUGAAACAUUUAUUUAUUACUAGUUCUGCCGCUUAUUUUUUAGAGGAGUUAUUCGUCAACUGAACUUGAUGCAAUGUAACGUAUAUUUUCUCAUCACAGUGAUUAAUUAAUUCUUGAAAUUUAAAUCAAUCAUCCGCAAUUGUGUCUGAUUUUUAAUUAGCCAAAGCAAGAUAGCUCUUCUAAUGAAACUGUAAUUAAUCCGAUCCCAAAUGUUUUGAGUUGUUUGCUUAGAAAAAUCUGAAAUCAUUUUAGUCAAAAUGUGAUAAAAUAUCGUAUUUGUGUUCGUCUGAUGGGAACGAAUUUUUCAGUUGAAAUUGCCUGCUUUCGCGUAAUUUCUAGUCUUUGUUUUAGCACACGUUUAAUAUUAGUAGAGCAAUAAGUUGUAUCUGAUUUGGCAAGUUGGGUCUCUUUAGCUUAGUACCAAUUUCAUGUGCAGCAUGGAAGUGUUUUUUGAUAUCAAAAUAGUCUGGCCAUUUUAUAUCCUGGUAUAACGCGUUUCGAUGAUACAAGUCAAAAGUCAAAUCACCCCAGGUCAUAGUCACAUAAAAGUGGCUAGAUUAUAAUAAGUGAGAAAAUGUAUAUUAUCACUGUAAAAUACAUGGUCUAGAUGUAUUUUAACGUUAAAUUGACUGUAAUUAGAACGUGGCUUACUUGAUGGAUGUUCGAUGUAACACAUAGAGCUACACCUGCAUUUUGAUAAAUACAAUAAUUUAAUGAUUUGACAUUUUACAUUAUAUUAAAAUGUGCAACGAUAACUGGCCUGAGUAGACUAAGUGAUAGUAGGAUACUAAAAAUAUUGGUCAGAAAGUGACGCGACUGAAAAUUAAUUCAUGUUUAUAUGUAUUCUACAUCACAAUUGUAGUUAAUUGAUGUAAAUAUCCCCUUGCGUAAAGGGCGAGUUAACUAAAUUCUAAUUUUUAAAACCUACUGAUAACAGUCAUUGUGUAUACUGGGAAAGACCAAAUAAUUCAAACUAAGGUCAUUCUUCCCAUCUAGUUCAGUGUCUUAUUCAUACAUGUAUGUAAAUAAAAAUAAAUUCCAUUCAUCGUUGCUCUAUUCAAUCGUCAUAUCUCAUAAUUACGAAUGCGUAAUAAUUGAUCUCGAAAUAUUAACCCAUCCUUUCAGGAUAAAUGUAUUGCGUCAGCAUAUUUAUUUACUUUAAUUUCAUGUAGAUUGAGUCGGGUUUCAUCGCUAAAACGGAACACGUAAGUAGACAAUAGAACCUCGAUAUAAGUAAGUGCAGAUCUCAGGCUGCAUAAAUCGUUUUAGCUCCUAUUAGCUCUCAUCCGCUGGAUUUAUAAGAAAAACGAUUGUUUCUCCAGUUUUAGGCAGUAUUCUGCCUAAACCUGUAAUUCGAUUGUAAUCAAUGUAAAAUAUAAGUACGAGUGUAGAAAGUCUGUUUUCCGGCUAAUCGCAUCUGAUGAAUACUAACAGACCCGAAAUCUGUUCUUACCGCGAAACCUUUGGCGGCUCUGAUGGUGAUGAAACUAUCGUCGUUUUGCAUGUAGAACGUUAUUUGUUUAGAGAUCGUGGACAAUGGUUUGUAUUAAAUGUACCAAACAUCUUGAGCAUAUAUAUAUAUAGGGUGAGUCAGGAAAGCGAGACCCUUUCUUAGAUCGUUCAUAUAAGGGUUGUGGUUGUCAAAGUAUUUGUUUCUACUACAGUUUUAUUGAUCAAUUUGAAACUUCAAUUUUUAAAAACAAUUUUAUUUCAAAUUAAAACAAACACUAAUACAUAUUUUACUUGUGACCGAAUCUGACUAUACUAUGAUUUAUGACCCUUCCAGCACGUAACCAAUAUUAUGACUAAAUUGUGAUCAGAGCAAAAACGAUACUACGACUUUUUAAAAAAGAAAAGGCGGCAUAAAGCCCGGCACUCACGAUACAUUAAAUUCCAUUUAAAAAAACUGGACUGUCAUAACUUUACUUUGAGCUACCCAGUAGUACUUUAGACUAACAGAAACAAUUAAUUUGGUGACAACGACAACUCUUAUAUGACCGGUCGCUAUUUGUGUACGAUCUAAGAGGGGAGGUCUCGCUUCGCUGAGUCACCCUGUAUAUUUAGGAAAUAUAAAUAUAUCUUAAUAUGUAUGUCUCAUGGAUAUGAGUUUUUCAUAUAAACUAUAUUGCUUUUCCUUUCUAUUAGUAAAGCUCGAAUACCAAAAUAUUCUUAAAUAUUGUUUUUUUCACAAAUAACAUGGAAAGUCGAUGGUCUAAAACAUGCAUUUCUGAGGCAAACCCCAACUGACUAAACUUAUUAGAAUUUGGGUAGAAUAUUCAUCCAAACCAUUUGACUUUAAGUACGCACAUUUCAGAUUGUUGUCAAACUAAAUCUUCCACAUUUGUUACCUAAACUAUCACAAAUCGGGUGGAUGUCCAGGCUAAUAAAUUAUUUUCCAUCAUGUGUCUUGAAAACGACUUCCGGAUUAAGAUAUUUAGUAGUAAAACCUGACUCACUCUAUAGAAUAGCGUAUCUUGCGGUUAGACAUGCAUUAGGUAAUAUUCCGGUGAAUUAAUUAUACUGUGGAUUCGUUCCACUUUCCUCCGAUCAAUAUCAGUUUUUUUUUUAUUAUUUAAAUAUUAGAAAUAAAAUAGUGUCAAUGGUCCGAACAAAUUGUGCAUUUUGGGUGUUUUUCUUACGUACUUUCUGUACUGUAUGCUAAUAAUACCCUGUAUGCGGUUGUUUCAUGUCUCUUUCUGCUGGCUGUGUAAGUUGAGUGCCUAAGAGACGAAUUUCUCAAAUUGUUAUAUGAGUUGCAUAGUGUUAUUUGAAUUAAAUUUUUGGCACUCGUCUGGAUUUAAUAAAUUUAAACAUGUUUUUUUCUGAUUCGGUUAUAAAAGUUUUAUGUAAAAUUACUUAUUUAUCUUUUUUCUUUGACAAAAUUUGCCAAACCUUAAAUGUUCAAAAGCUAAGUAUUAGCAAAUCAGGUUAUGAUAUUUAGGUAAAAGUGGAGGCUGUUUUAAAGUUUCAACAUCACUUUGGGGAAUAGUAAAAUAAUCUAUUGGAAACCCCCACUUUUUUAUCUUCUUAUCUUGAUCAUACUUGACUUGCACUAACGCAGAACAUUUGGGAAGCGAAACAGAGUAUACUACAUUAUUACCAAGAAACAGAAACCCUCGUAUAUAAUGUUUGUCAACUUCUUAUUCUGUAGUAUUAUAUUUUUAGUUUCUUGCAAUAUAUCGCUAUAAGCAUGGUGGUAUAUUUUUUGUAUUUGAUGUUGAAACACCGAAUUUGUUAGAACUGUAGUGAAGCACUGAGUAAAUGGCUUUAUUAUAGCUAACAUAUAGAUACAUUACUAUGAAAAUGGAAAUCAGAAAAUAUAUUAACUAACUUAUGAUUUUCUAUAGAUAUAAGCAAUGAUCACUAUUAGUGUUAAGUUCAUUUUAGUCACUGGGCUAAUUUGUUCUCACCUGUACACAUACAUGUACAUGCAGAUUAGCCCCGUUAUGCCGACUGCUAAAAGAGCUUGAUCUCUUAAUUUCUAAAGCUUUCAACAAUUUUUCUAAUACUUUCAUGUCGAUAAUGGCGUAAUGUAAACCUACUUAACGACAUCGUCUUGAUUUUGCAUUAUUAUGUUUAGUUUAGUGGUCAAGUUUAGUGCACAUUUGUUCUCAAUUGUUUAAGUAAAUUUAGAUUUUCUGAUUUCUUUAUCAAACAAUCUCUGUUAGUUUUAAUGGAAAACAUGAUCGUGUUCAAUUUCGCAACAAGUAAAUUUUAACCACGCCAACUUUAUACAAUAAUUGUAUAAAGUUACAAUUAUUGUUUAAAUCUAGCAAAGAUGUGAUUGUAUGUAAUGUUAAGUCAUGUUUAUAUGUCACACUAAUAGGUUUUAAAUACAUCUCUCUUUAUUAAAA